AUGGUUAACCAAUCAUCUUUCAAGAUACUCCAACAGUAUUCCAGAUCACCAACAACACUACUGCGAUCCACUUCAUCUUACAGUCCAUGUAUGACAUCAUAUCGAUUCCAAAGGGCUUUAUCCAAUGACAUAUUAUCAACGACAAAGCCAUAUGGACAUUAUUCAUCGGUGUUAUCAUUCUCAUCUUCAACUGAAUCGGAUCACCUUUUCUCAUCCAAUCGAUCCAACUUCAAGGAAAUCCCAGUCAACCCUUCAAUACUCUCUUACAUUGAGAAUAUUGGGAUAGGUAUUCCCAAACGUAUUCCAGUGAAGCGGCGAUUGAAUAGAUUACGAAAGAAGAACAGUGCUAAUAGAAAUUAUAGUCGACGCAAUAGUAAGAGUGAAUUCUUGACGAGAGAAGAAGAGGCAGAGAGCUUAUCACCAAGCAUUCGACGAUUGCCAUCACGAAUACCACCUCCACCAUUUGCCAUGCCGCCACAAUCCAAACCAAGACGGAACGACGCAAUGAUAGAGACAGAAAGUAAAUCGCACCGCAAAAAGCCCAUCGAUGGCAAGAAGAACACAAGAGGCAACGAUAAGAACAAGAAGAGGAAUCAUAGCAACAAUAAAUCUGCAAAGCAAACUAGCAACGAGCAGCAACCUCUGCAGCAACCACAACAACAACCGCAGCAACGAUCGAUUCGAAGAUAUCCAGUAAAGUGCAUAGCGAGUGUUGGAACGGCAGAGGAAUCAUUCCCAACGGGAUCAUUGAAGGUUCCGGAAGUGGCAAUAGCAGGACGGUCCAACGUAGGAAAGUCAACCUUGUUGAAUGCGCUCUUGUACGGGAAUCACCCCAAGGCAAGUCAGGAGCAGGACGGUAAUGGUGACGAAUCCAUACCUUCCCAUCGAAAUCAACGUCGUGGCAAAGGUCCGAAACCCACGGCCCGAACUGCCAAGCUUCCAAAGGGUCUCAAAGCAGCAACUUCUUCCAAGCCUGGACAGACGCGAACCAUUGACUUUUAUCGACUCACUGCCAAGACUAGUACCACUAGUACCAUUACUCCCAAGAAUGAUGAAGCAGCAGGCGAUAAUACCUCUGAAGAUGAAUCGUCAUCAGUAGAAGAAACACUACACACCACAACGAAAAUCUCACUGCAAUUGGUGGACUUGCCUGGAUAUGGCUUUGCGUAUGCUACGGACGACAAGAUGGAAGCCUGGAAGUCCUUGAUGCAAGAUUAUAUUUUAAAUCGGGGUAAGCCAUUGAAAAGGAUUCUCUUGCUGAUUGAUGCCCGACAUGGUAUGAAGAUUGCAGAUGUGGAAUUCAUGGAAUCGCUCCAAGAGGCUCUUAAGAAGCAAGCAGCCUCCUCUAAGAAUCAUCCGUCAGCCAAGAAGAAACGAGAAUUGCCACCCAUUCAGAUUGUCUUGACCAAAUGCGACUUGGUGUCUCAAGCUGAUCUGGCAAGGCGAGUCACUCAAGUCCGACAACAACUUUCUGAUAGCUUAAUCAGACAGCCUAGUGCACUUCCUGUCAUGCUCGUCAGUGCGCAAAUGGAAGGCCAACGAGGAGUACUUGAGCUACAAAAGGAACUGGCUUCCUUGGUUCCUGGAAUCAUUGGUGCUAAAGAUGCAGUAGUCGCAUGA